AUAGCGUCAAUUGUCAUCAUCUAUGGUUGUCAUUAACCUCAAUGUCUAACAACUUGCUGAAAACGUUUAGCAACAAAAAGCACACCGGGUAGUUUAAUUUCAAAUUGCUAUUACUUCAGUUCAAGAAGCGUCUUGAAGUUUUUAUUGUAUCUACCGUGUUGAUCCAAAGUAACGAUCUAAUAUGGACUUUUUGGAAUACUCCGACAUAUCUGCAGAGAUCAAGGGAUCUUUGACACCAGGAAAACUGAAAAUGACCGACCAGAGUAUCAUUUUCAAAAACAGCAAAACAGGCAAAGUGGACCAAGUUCCUGCUUCUGAAUUCGAAGCUGUUAACUUCCAGAAUUUUGCCGGAAGUUGGGGCAUUAGGGUGUUUCUGAAAAAUGGGACCCUACACAGAUAUGCUGGAUUCAAGGAGUCCGAAAAGGAAAAAAUUGCAAAGUUCUUUUCCAAUUCUUAUAAAAUCGAUAUGCUAGAGAAGGAACUGAGUCUUAAGGGGUGGAAUUGGGGCACAGCCAAGUUUAGCGGUUCGGUAUUAAGUUUCGAUAUUGGCGAUAAAAGUGCGUUUGAAGUGCCCUUAAAUCAUGUGUCUCAGUGUACUGUUGGAAAAAACGAAAUUACAAUGGAGUUUCAUCAGAACGAUGAUGCUCCAGUGAGCCUGAUGGAAAUGCGUUUCUUCAUUCCAGCAAGUGAAUUGGCUGGAGAUACUGAUCCAGUGGAAGCUUUCCAAGAACAGGUCAUGUCGAAAGCAAGUGUUAUAAGUAUUUCAGGAGACGCUAUAGCAAUAUUUCGGGACUUACUUUGUACUACCCCUCGUGGUCGAUAUGAUAUAAAACUUUAUCAGUCGUUCUUCCAACUUCACGGUAAAACUUUUGAUUACAAAAUACCGAUAACCACAGUGCUGCGCCUGUUUAUAUUACCCCAUAGAGAUGGCAGGCAAAUGUUCUUCGUUGUUAGUUUAGAUCCUCCAAUCAAACAGGGUCAAACUAGGUACCAUUUUAUUGUUUUUCUUUUUAACCAAGAAGACGAAACAUCACUAGAAUUACCGUUUACAGAAGAAGAAUUGAAGGAGAAAUACGAAGGAAAUCUUGAGAAGGAAGUGUCUGGACCUACCUAUCAAGUUUUGGGCAAAAUAAUGAAGCAUGUUGUAGGAAGAAAACUUACGGGACCCGGUAGUUUUAUAGGUCAUAGUGGGACACCUGCAAUUGGUUGUUCAUUCAAAGCAGCUGCUGGCUUUUUAUAUCCACUUGAAAGAGGGUUUAUUUAUGUGCAUAAACCUCCACUUCACAUUCGAUUUGAGGAAAUCGCUUCCGUUAACUUUGCCAGAGGUGGAGGCAGCACGAGAUCCUUUGAUUUCGAAAUUGAGUUAAAAUCGGGCACUGUUCACACGUUCAGCAGCAUUGAAAAGGAAGAAUAUUCGAAACUGUAUGAUUUCAUCACGUCGAAGAAACUCAACAUUAAAAACAGAGGAAAAGGAGAUAAAGCUUCCUAUAAGGAUGACUUUGGAAAUUCCGAUGAAGAAGCUGCUCCUGAUGCCUACCUGGAGCGCGUGAAAGCAGAAGGUCAAGAAAGAGAUGAAGACGACGACGAUGACGACGAUGAUGAGAGCACAGAUGAAGAUUUCGAUCCAGAUGCGAUUAAAAAGCGGGACAGUGACGUUGCUGAAGAAUUUGAUAGCAACCCAAGUUCAAGCGCUAGCGAUGAAGACGAAGAUGCUUCCGAUGAGGGUGAAAGAAAGGAGAAAAAGAAAAAGGAAAAAAAGAAGAAACCUACGAAAGCCCCUUCAUCAAAACCAAUAAAACGUAGAGAGAAAAAGGAAAAGGAUGAAAAUAAACCGAAAAGAGCGUCGACAGCAUUUAUGAUCUGGCUGAAUGCUAGUAGGGAACAAAUAAAGAAAGACAACCCCGGUAUCAAAGUGACGGAAAUAGCCAAAAAGGGUGGAGAAAUGUGGAGGGAAAUGAAGGAUAAAAGUGAAUGGGAGAAAAAAGCAGCUAAAGAAAAGGAGGAAUACACGAAGGCCAUGGCCGAAUACGUUGCAUCAGGAGGCGGCGCGGACGCAAAAUCAUCCUCCUCCAAGAGUGCAACUUCGAAAAAACCAGCGAAAAAGUCGGCGACCAAAGUGCCAGAGUUGAGUAACUCAGGAACCUUUAAGAGCAAAGAAUUUAUCGAGGAGUCGGACAGCAGUUCAGACGAGGACAAAAAGAAGAAACCCGUCAAAGAUAAUAAGAAGGCUGAUGCCGGCGAUAAGAAUGCAAAGGGAACUAAGAGAAAGAAGGAAAGUGAUGAUGAAAAAGACACAAAAAAGGCACCAAAGAAACCCGAUAGCAAAUCAAAAUCUAAGAAAAAAGAAAGCGAUGAGGAACUUGAAGAUGAGGAGGAAAUCCUCAGUUCACCUGAAGCAAGCGACGCCAGUGGGGACGAUGAGAGUGAUUAAGCGGGAACGUUGUGUAUUUUUCUUUUGUUUUAGUGGGAUAAGAGCAGACGAGAUUGAGUGAGUGGCCGUUAUUAAUGAAUUUUCUAUUUGUUUAAAUGAACUCAAUGUUUUGUAGCCCGUUACUCUACGUGAUAAUUAUCUCAAUAAACAUUUAUUAACUAACA